UAUCUGAUUUGACAUCCCCAUCAAGAAUACAUGAGAAACCCAGUUUCAUCAAUUCACCAGCAUUUGGUAUCAUGCCUCUUAAAAUGUUAGCCAUCAUGCUAGGUGUGCAAAGGAACUUUGCUCUUCCUAAUGGCUAAGAUGUUGAAUGUCUUCUCAGGCACACAUUUGCCAUCUGCAACAUCAGAGAAACGACUAUUUGUGUACUGUGCCCAUUUUCAAAUUGGAUUGAACCAGAUUUUAAGCGGGGAUGAGACGUGAUCUGCUUUACAAAGAUCACUCUAAUUGCUUUGAUAAUUAACUAAUGGGGCCGAAAGGGGACACAAGGGGAGCAGAGGCAGUGUGGAAGUUCAGGAGAGAGAUGAUGGGUACUGGGGUUGGGUGUUAGCGCUGGGGAUGAAGACAAAGGAGUCCAUUCUGGAAUAUUUAGUGCUUUGGAGGUACAGUUUACACGGCUUGCAGGAGGACACGAAAAACCGCCUGGUGUGUACUUAACAGAGGAAGAAACAGGUUUGGGAGAAGGGGAAUCAAGGCUUGAGACGUAAGUCUGAGCUGCUUGUCACCAGCCAAGGAGAGAUGUCGGGCCGGCUGUUGGAGGGAGAGGUCACAUAUAUAAUGAGAGCUUGACCCAGGGCAGUGGCCGAGAGAGGAAAGGAGGGAUUUGAAAGGCACUGGGAGGGGAGGAGGAUUAGCAGGAAGCGGUGACUGGCUGAAUAUCAAAGUGGGGGUGGGGACAUGGAAGUUUCUGACUUCUACGACUGACAACGCGGGGACCCAGGCGCCCAGAAAAAGUGAAGACGAUCCAGCAGCCCUGCCCCGAAGAACGCUCCACCAGAGCAGAGGUGCAGGAAGGUCCGACCACAAUUGGCUGUAACGUGAUCCAAGCUCCGGCGGAAGGGUGGCCAGGGACGGAUCAAAGGGGCCGGUUCCCGAGCGCAGGAGAAACCACAGGAACUUCGCCCUCCUUAAGCCGAGGCCAGCGGGCGUUUCAGAGGAGGUGUAAUUUAAGCCCAGCUUCCAAGGUCACGCGGAGACGCCACAAAGCCUUCGAUGAAAGAACUUCUUCGGGGUUUGAAGGACAGGUGUCCUUCUUCAACAGCGCGGCUCAGGAAAGAGAGCGAGAAGGGGCGGGGCCUGGGCCGCUGUCCGGCUUCGGCUUCGACUCGGAAAUCUUCGGCCGAGGCUCGCCAUCCCCCCCCCAACUCCGGCCUCUGCCUCGAGCCCAGGACCGAUCCGGAAACAGCCGAGCGGAUCCGGAAACAGCCGAGAGGACCCGGAAGCUGUGAGCGCCGUCACCAGGCAGUGCGGGAACCCGCCGUUUGCGCUGAGGCGAUGGCGGCAGCUGCGCCGGCGGCCGCGGGCGAGGAUGGCCGGCGGCGACAGCCGGGGACCGCGCUGGACCCGCAACUCCAAGAAGGGGCAAAGCUUGAGGCCGAGUCAGGGGAGCUCGACCGGCUCCGGGCUGAGCUGGCAGGCGCCCUGGCAGAAAUGGAAACCAUGAAGGCUGUGGCAGAGGUGAGCGAGAGCACGAAGGCCGAGGCUGUGGCUGCAGUGCAGAGGCAAUGCCAAGAGGAGGUGGCCUCGCUGCAGGCUAUCCUGAAAGACUCCAUCAGCAGCUAUGAAGCCCAGAUCACGGCUCUGAAGCAGGAGCGGCAGCAGCAGCAGCAGGACUGUGAGGAGAAGGAGCGGGAGCUGGGGCGCCUGAAGCAGCUGCUGUCCCGGGCCCACCCCCUGGACUCCUUGGAGAAGCAGAUGGAAAAGGCUCAUGAGGACUCGGAGAAGCUGCGGGAGAUCGUGCUGCCCAUGGAGCAGGAGAUUGAGGAGCUGAAGGCCAAACUGCUGAGGGCAGAGGAACUGAUUCAGGAGAUCCAGAGACGGCCCCAGGCCCCUCCUUCCCUGCAAGGCUCCACAGAGCUGCUCCUGUCCCGGGACCCUUCUCCGCCACUGGAGCCUCUCGAGGAGCUGAGUGGGGACGGGGGCACGGCGGCCGAAGCCUUCGCCCACAACUGCGACGACAGCGCCUCCAUCUCCUCCUUCUCCCUGGGCGGUGGGGCCAGCGGCAGCGCCUCCCUGCCCUGUAGCCGCCAGGGCCUGAGCCCCGAGCAGGAGGAGACAGCCUCUCUGGUGUCCACGGGCACCCUGGUCCCUGAGGGCAUCUACCUGCCCCCUCCUGGGUACCAGCUCGUCCCAGACAACCAGUGGGAGCAGCUGCAGAUGGAGGGGCGGCAGCUGCAGAAGGACCUGGAGAGCAUCAGCCGGGAGCGGGACGAGCUGCAGGAGGGCCUGAGACGGAGCAACGAGGACUGCGCCAAGCAGAUGCAGGUGCUCCUGGCCCAGGUCCAGAACUCAGAGCAGCUGCUGAGGACCCUGCAGGGGACCGUGAGCCAGGCCCAGGAGCGGGUUCAGCUGCAGAUGGCAGAGCUGGCCACCUCCCACAAGUGCCUGCGCCACGAGGUCAAGCGACUGACCGAGGAAAACCAAGGGCUCCGGGCCGAGCAGCCGCCGUCUUUAGCCGCCCGGGGCCUGGAGCCGGACGAGGGCCAGGAGGAGACGCUGCCCAAAUCACUGCCGGAGCUGCAGCAGCUGGUGCUCCGCACACAGCAGGAGGCUCGGGCCCAGCAGCAGGCCCGGGAGCACGAGGCGGAGCGGCUGCGGAUCGAGAUUGUGACGCUGCGGGAGGCGCUGGAGGAGGAGACGGCGGCGAGGGCCAGCCUGGAGGGGCAGCUGAGGGUGCAGCGGGAGGAGACAGAGGUGUUAGAGGGUGAGUUUGGGCUGCAGCCUGACCCUGGCGGCGGCGGGCGGGGAAGAAGGGGGUGUGGGCCUGACGGCUUGGCCCUGCCUGACUUCCCAGCCUCCCUGUGCAGCCUGAGGAUGGAGAUGGAGCGGGUCCAGCAGGAGCAGAGCAAGGUGAGGCAGGACCCGGGCCAGGAUCGCGGUGGCUGGGGGGGCGGCAGCGUGGAGAAGACCCUCGCCGGCCCCUGCGGCCCUUUCUGCCUCCCUCAGGCCAGGCGGCAUGAAGUCCUGGGGCAGCCUCCGGGCUCAGGCCGCACAGAAGAGGUCAGGGUCAGGGGUGGCAUGGAAGGGGUUCCCCCGUCCAAACCUCCUGCUUCGGUGGCCCAAGACCUACCCCACCCCCUGCCACACUCUGUGUCCUAUGUCCCCAGGUCCAGCUCACAGACCUCCUCUCGGAACAGAGGGCAAAGAUGCUGCGGCUGCAGGCUGAGCUGGAGACCAGUGAGCAGGUGCAGAGGGAUUUCGUACGGCUGUCCCAGGCCCUGCAGGUGCGCCUGGAGCGGAUCCGCCAGGCAGAGAGUCUGGAGCAAGUGCGCAGCAUCAUGGACGAGGCGCCCCUCAGGGACAUCAGGGACAUCAAGGACACCUGAGGGGCCAGCACCUGCCCACCCGUGGGGGAGAUCGCCUUUCUCCACUCCUGAACUGUGAGGCCGAGGCUUUUGGGGGGGGUGUCUCAGAAUGGAGUCUUCACCCUCUCCAAGCCUGGGGUUGAGGUGACAGAGCCACCGCUGUCCUGUCCCUCGUGUGCCGCCUCCCUGGGGAGGCCGAGCCUUCUGCUUCCAAAGAUGACCCCUAGGUGGGGGUCCCCAACCCCUGCGGGAGCCCAAGGGCAGGCUCAGGCCUUUAGCUUUCUGGCUGCUAUGCUGCCUCCUGGGUCCUGACCCUCCCGCCCCGGCCCCACCCCAGCCACACUAACAGCCACGCCUGUUACCACUCGUCCCCUUUCCCGAGCCACCAUCGAGCUGAGUUGGUGGCUGGGAGGCUCAGGUCAUGUCCCCGGGUCCCGCCACACAUGCAACCCCAGACAAGUGGCUGCUCCGUGGACUGCAUGACACUAAGAUGCUUGUCCCCAGGGGCCCAAGCCAAGCCCCAAGAUGUGUGCGGAGACAAGGAGGCCAGAGUUUUCUGUCAUUUAUUUUCAAUAAAUAAGCAGCUCAGCUCAA